AUGUUGUUUUAUUUCACCUUUAUUUUCUUCAUAAAUUCUUACCUAUGUACCAAUUUGUACUGUGAUACAUGCUCUUCCACUGGGUGCUCCAGCUCUAUCGAAAAUUAUAUGUUGAUAAAUGGGCAGUGUAAAUACAAGAGAUCGGAGGGUUGCGAGUUUUUCAAUUCGAAAAACAUAUGCACUGAGUGCACUGAUGGCUUCAAAAUGGAUUUUUCAAGAAAAAUGUGCGUGCCUGGUGUCGAACUUUGUGCUGAUAUUAUUGUAGACAACAGUGAUAAUCUUUCUUGUUUGAGUUGUUACGAAGGGUAUACAUUAACAUCUGCAACAACUUGUGAAAAGUGUAAAUCAUAUAACCCAAGUUGUCUAGUCUCCGACUCAACAUGCACGUUGUGCUCUGUUUGUGCUCCUGGUUAUUAUAUUGAUAACAACAAAUGUAUAUCAAUCGGUAACUGUCAAUAUCCACACACAUCAACACCCAAAAUAUGCUCAAGUUGUAUUGCUGGAUAUUAUUUGGACGAAACGACUCGUACAUGUAAAAAAGGAAAUAUCACAAAUUGUAUUGUUUACUACGACGCUAUCAAGUGUACAACAUGUGAGUCCACUUACUACUAUACAUCAGGCGAGUGUCAGCAGUAUUUUCACUGUUUAAAUGUUGGUAACACAGGAUGUAAUUUUUGUGAAUAUGGAUAUGGAUUGAAAGAUGGCCAUUGUGUCAAGUGCAACUCAAAUUGUAUUGAGUGCUUCAACGACUCAGAUGUAUGCAAGACGUGUCAGCAUGGGUAUGGUGUAAUCAAUGGGAAAUGUGUGAGAUGUAAUUCUGCUUGUAAAUCUUGUGAUUCCACUUCUUCAGAGAUAUGUACCGACUGUUAUGAGAAGACUGGGUUGUCUUCAAACACUUGUGUUUCAUGUGGAGCGAAUUGUCUGACUUGUGAAAAUGAUAAUCCAACAAAAUGUACGGCAUGUGAAAUUGGGUAUGUCCUGACCAAUAUAAAUACAUGUAAAAAGUGUGGAAAUAAUUGUACGGACUGCUCAGCUACCAACACUGAGAUAUGUUAUGACUGCCAAGCGACGUAUUUUUUGAAUGGUAACUCACAAUGUCAGACAUGUCAAACUGUCUCUUGUGGAGCGUUAGAAGAGUUUCAAUGUGGAAAGUGUUUAGAGAAGUGCACUUUUGAUAACAGAAAUGGAAAUUGGUUGUGUAAUACAAACGAAAAUUGUUACAUAUAUGACUCAGCAAGAGGAAAGUGUACUGUGUGUAAUGAUAAUUAUUAUUUGGAUAAUAACUAUCAAUGUCAAAAAUGUAAUAAAAAUUGUGUCAGUAGGUGCACUAAUAACGCAGACCAAUGCAAUGAAUUGGAAGAUAUUCGACUUGACGAGAAUUGUUUGAUUUUUGGGCAAGAUCAUGUGUGUUAA